AUGUCGUCAAACAAAACCUCAAGGAUAGGAGAAGAAAUUUGGAAAACAAGAGUCGAUAAAGUCAAUGCGGAAUUGGUCACAUUAACCUACGGAACGAUCGUUGCGCAAUUAUGCCAAGAUUACGACAGCAACUACCAGGAUGUCAACAAGCAGUUGGACAAGAUGGGAUACAACAUCGGAAUGCGAUUGAUUGAAGACUUCCUAGCGAAGUCAGGCGUUGGUCGAUGCGCCAAUUUCCGAGACACCGCCGAUAUGAUUGCCAAGGUUGGCUUUAAGAUUUUCCUAAACGUCACCCCAACGGUGACGAAUUGGACCAGUGACAACACCCAGUUCUCUCUUAUCUUCGAAGACAACCCUCUAGCCGACUUUGUGGAGCUUCCAGAUGAUGGGCGGGCCCAAGAUGAGCUCUGGUUCUCCAAUAUUCUAUGCGGCGUUCUCCGCGGAUCACUGGAGAUGGUUCAAAUGCAGAUCGAGGCACACUUUGUUAGUGACGUACUGCGCGGAGACGAUACUACCGAGAUGCGGGUCUCACUCGUACGAUAUAUCGAAGAUGAGAUGCCACCAGAGGAAGAGUGA